AAUUUAUGAUUUAAGGCGUAGCAAAUACCGGGCUUCGAAAGUGGUAAUUGUCCAGUCUUGGAUGUUACCUUUACAUACAUAUAUAAUAAGACCGUUGGGUGGGAAGAUUCAUCCUUACUAUAAAUAUUCGCGAUAUGGUUCUCACGGAGUUAUUCUGAAUUGGAAAUAGUUAAUUCAUUUUACAAAAUGAACCGGAUUAUCUACGUAUACCUCUGUUUGUCUUGCUUCUGUUAUGCUACCUUGUCGCAAAGAGUUGUCCAAUAUAGUACCUACAGCAACUUGAGGGAAGUCCCCAUUUUAAGAUACUCGUACGAACCGAAUCCAGAUGGAUCGUAUGUCUUUGGAUAUGAAACCGGAAACGGUAUUCAAUUUGACGAACAGGGCUACGUUAAAAACGUGGGUAAUCCCCAAACGGAAGCGCAAGUAAAACAGGGUUCGUUCAGCUAUACCGGACCCGAUGGGGUGCGUUAUAGUGUUAACUAUGUAGCAGAUGAGGAUGGUUUUCGAGCAGAGGGUGCACAUUUACCAACACCACCCCCUAUUCCCGAAGCCAUUCAAAGAUCGCUCGCGUACAAUGCUGCACAUCCUGAACUAACACAAACAGGACCAAGGGGACGAUUUUUUAGAAAAUAAACUGAUUUUUUUCUAAUGUUCUCUUGGCUCAUUGAAAGCAUUUAUUUAUUUUAAUAAUCAAUUAUGACCCCAUGACAAUUGUUACUAUGCAAUAAGCUUAGGUAUGUAGGUGCAUGUUUACUCCUCAAUGUGCGUGAAAUUUGAAAACUUGUAUGAGCAAUUGCAAGUUUUAUUUUUUAAUGUUGCUUAUUUCCUUACUUUAGGAUAUUCAAUAAAUGUUACUAUUCCUGCA